AUCCACUCUCCGUGUAGAAAUCACUGAGAGAGAGAAGCGAUCAAAGCAAACGCAACGGAAUCGGAAUCGACCACCACUGCAGCAGUUGUGUGGUGAUGUUCGCGAAAUAAAGAAGGAAUUUUUAUCUGUUCUUGGUUCGGCUGGAUUGGACGAGGGGAUUUUUAUUGUGCAGAACUGAAAGGCAGUGCGGAGGUGUUUAUCUAGGAAUAGUGCAAAAAUUUUAAGAAGAAGGCAAGUGUUUUUGAGCAGUGUAAAGUCCAGAUUCUUACGGUUUGGCCUCCUGCGUAUCAGAGGAAAAUCUGGGUGCGGUGUGAAAAUAUUUUCGUUUCUAUCUGACAAGCAGAAAUCGGAGGAAACGCUGUAAGGGUGGAGUACCUCACUUGGCUUUGUGGGAGAUGUGUUUUUACUGACGAGUAGGAGUGAAGUGAGUUUAGUUCAAAUUGAAGCUGUUCUUUUUUUUCGCCACGAGCAAUUCUGCGAUACCCCCGUCGAGUGGAUUCCGAUUAGUAACGAGAAAAGAAGAAACCCGUACGAUAAGCAAGUGAUAUCAGUUGCAAAAAUAACCACACGGAAGUUGAAAAAGUGCCGUGAGGAGUAGUUAGAAAUUUUGAUUUUCAAUUCACUGACGCAAAGUUUGGUCAGCAGGAUUAUUAGUCAUGGGGAAAUUACUCAGCCUGCUGGCCCGCGACGAUUCCACCUGCUGUACACCGAAAACCUAUGACGUAUUCCUGGACUUUGAAAAUGCUGCUCCGACCGAUCUGGAACGUGCCGUCUACGAGGAAGUUGACCGGGUUCUGAAACAGUCCGAGAUAGUCCUCGAUGAGAUUCAGUGCUACAAGGGUGCUGGCAAGGAAAUCCGCGAAGCCAUUGCCGAUCCUUCGCCCGAGUGUCAGGAAAAGGCGUGGAACAUUGUGAUACCGCUGGUGGAGAAAUUGAAGCGCUGCUACGAACACUCGCUCGAACUGGAACGGAUAGUACCGAUGCUGCUGGGUCAGCUAGUCGGUGGCCGCCUGAAUCCCACACAACACCUGGAAACACAGCAGGCUCUCGUUAAGCAGCUGGCGGAGAUCCUAGAGUUUGUGUUAAAAUUUGACGAGUACAAGAUGAAAACCCCCGCAAUUCAGAAUGAUUUCAGCUACUACCGGCGGAUCGCCAGUCGACAGCGGUUAGACCAAAGCAACGAAUUAAUCGUCAGCACGGAACUGGCGAAUCGAAUGUCUCUGUUUUAUGCUCAUGCCACCCCCAUGCUCAAGGUGCUCAGUGAAGCGACAUCGAAGUUCGUUCAGGAUAAUUCCGACAAUGUGGACAACACGACGGAAACACUCGGCACAAUGGCCAAAGUGUGCCUUCGGAUGCUAGAGAACCCUAAACUCCUGGCACAGAUCGAGCGGGAAGAAACGCACUUGCUGUUGCUGCGAGUGAUGGUCGGUUUGGUGAUACUGUACGAUCACGUCCACCCGGUAGGAGCCUUCGCGCGCGGUGCCCAUGUCGAUGUGAAAGGUUGCGUUCGGUUAUUGCAAGCGCAACCCGCGAUCAAGGCGGAACCCCUGCUCAACGCUCUGCGGUACACCACCAAACAUCUGAACGAGGAAAAUACACCGAAAAACAUACGGAAUCUGCUGGCGGCCUAAAGUUCCCUAUCCCCCGACGCGACAGCAGUAGUUGUGUGUGUCUGUGUGUUUUUUGUUGUACACAAUUCUGCUGCAGAUUAUUUAAAUUUAGCAUUUUUUUUAAGUUAUAUCACGAUCCUUUCUUUUGGUAAGGUUAUGUUUUCGUGUUUUUUAGAGAAAUAACUUAAAUAUCGAAAUGACUCGUAAUAAAUCUAAUUUAAUAUUACAAAUAAACGGUUAAGUGGAUGUGAGAAAAUUUAUCUAGUUAAUAUAUAACUUAAAUUUACUGUAUAAAUCCAACAAAAUGAAUCAAAGUGCAUUCAACUCAUUGUCAAGCGAAUAGAAAUAAAUGCCUGUUUUGUUCCAUUUACUUGCUUUGAUAGAUAAAAUAAAACUUCUUUACAUUUAUACUAACUGAAUACAAAACUAUUUCGAUUUAGUAGCAACACACGAAGUUAUAAAUUAUACAAUAAAUCCUAUAAUAAAGAAAGAGACGUAAAGUGAAUGAAUCAGAACAGAGAAAGCACUAAAAAAGAAGUAAAACGAGCCUAGAUUGUAGGGGCAAGUAAAAACCUAUCAACUUUUUUCAUCACUACACUGUUAUCGCCUAAUAACAAUAAAAACUGUGAAGAGAAAUCUAUUAAGCUAAAUAAUUGUUGUAUAGAACAAAUAUUUUGAGAUUAUCGCAACAUGACUUGAAGGAGUUUUUUUCGGGGCGCACACUUAUUUGUGAAAAUUGGAUCCACUUAACAUUUAGAAAAUUCGACCUACUAUAAUUCAUUAACGGAUUAAUUACUUCCCUUCCGGAAGAACAAAAAAACAGAAAACCGAGAUACAACACAAAACUGCAAGAAAAAAAUAGAUGAAAAGAACAACCAAGCUGUGUUCCUCUUUACAAGACAAUUUAAAGAAGAAAAAAACACCUCAAAACAGUUUACCGAAUACCGAUCAAUAUAUUUUCCCGCAUCACACAUGUAACAGAAACCAAACCAAUCAAAAUGAAAACAAAGAUGUAAAUCAAUUAGCAGAAGCUACAGGAUUAGUUUAUGUGUUCACACUUUAACUGAUUUGUGCAUUGAACAGACAGAUGAACCUUCCCCAGUGAUAGCUGCACUUGAAGGUGCGGCCGGGACGUAAAUGUAGUAGACGAUCACUAGAAGCAACAGAAGAAAAACAAAAUCUCGAUUGCAGUAAAAAUUUUGCCUCCUGUUAGACACUCCGUGGGCGAAACGCAUCUAACGAUCAAAACCAAUCAGAAAGUAUGAAAGACAACCGACACAUUUAUAGAAGUACGCUAGCGAUCAACGCGAGCAAAUGGUAAUAGUUAACAUCGUAAUUACUGUUCGCUCGAAUAUGACUCCGCAACGCAACGGAGUUUUCUGUGAACUGAAAGGUGGUCAAAGAUACCAAAGUCAAAGUCGAGAAUAAAAUUCAAACAAUGACAAAAGAA